AUGGCGACAUCACCAAAGGUCACAGUCUUCCAUAGACGGUCCGACCGCGACAUACAUAGCUAUGUCGUUGGCGGAGCCGAAGAUGGCGUAGUUCACCGCCUGAACGAGGAACGGCGGGCUAUCCUCGCCGAGGUCGACAAUGCCAGGUUCUCAUGGUUCCACAUCAAGGUCGCGUUUGUAUCUGGUGCAGGGUUCUUCACCGAUGCUUAUGACAUUUUCGCCAUCAAUGUUGUCACUGUUAUGCUAGGUUACGUGUACGGCGAUGAACAGGACGCGUCGGUCCCUGGAGUCGCUGGUCGCUCACUCAGCGCCAAGCAGCAGCUCGGCGUGAAGGUCGCUACGCCCAUAGGUAUCAUCGUCGGCCAGUUGCUCUUCGGAUGGCUCGGGGACGUCAUGGGCCGCAAGCGGAUUUACGGGUUGGAGCUGAUGAUCAUGAUUAUUGGCACGUUCGGUCAAACCAUCGCGGCCCCAAGUAUGGCCGUCAGCUUCAUUGCGUUAUUGAUCGUUUGGCGCACCUUCAUGGGUAUAGGGAUAGGAGGCGAUUACCCAUUGAGCGCGGUCAUCUCGUCCGAGUUCUCGUCAACGCACAUCCGUGGACGUGUCAUGACAGCGGUGUUUGCCAACCAAGGCUGGGGCCAACUCGCUGCAACGGCCGUCUCCUGCGUCGUCGUGCGCGCCUACAAGUCCAGCCUGAUCUCCAACGGCGGCAUGCUGCUCGAGGACAUCGACCGCAUCUGGCGGAUCAUCAUCGGGCUCGGCUGCGUGCCCGCUGUCAUCGCGCUCUACUUCCGGCUCACCAUCCCGGAGACACCGCGCUUCACGCUCGACAUCCAGCGCAACGUCGAGAGGGCCGCGCGCGACAUCGACGAGUUCCUUACGCACGAGGGGUACACGGUCGAUCUAGAGGCUGUCUCGAGGCGCCUGAGCGCGCAGAGGGCGACGAAGGAGGACUUCAGGCGGUACUUCGGGAGGUGGGAGAACUUGAAGGUGUUGAUCGGGACGAGUUACUCGUGGUUCGCGCUCGACUUUGCGUUCUAUGGGCUCGGCCUGAAUUCGUCCGUCAUCAUGCAGGCGAUUGGUUUGAGCCUCUUCAACACCUCCCUCGGCAACCUCGUCCUCUCCCUCGCGGGCUUCGUCCCUGGAUACUGGGUCGCCUUCCUCUUCAUCGACCGCUGGGGCCGCAAGCCGAUCCAGCUCAUGGGCUUCUGCGCCCUCACGGUGCUCCUCGUCGUCAUGGCUCACCUCGACGACGCGCGGGACCGCGUAUUUGUCUUCCUCUACUGCCUCGCGAACUUCUUCCAGAACUUCGGGCCGAACACGACGACGUUCAUCGUGCCCGGCGAGGCGUUCCCGACGCGCUACCGCUCGACCGCGCACGGUAUCUCGGCGGCGAGCGGCAAGUUCGGCGCGGUCCUCGCGCAGGUGGCGUUCCAGUGGCUCAAGGACAUCGGGGGCGCGAGGGGCUCGAAUGCGUUUCUGGACCACAUCCUGCAGAUUUUCGGGUUCUUCAUGUUGACGGGCGUCCUGUCGACGAUGUUGAUACCUGAGACGAACCAGAAGACGCUCGAGGCGCUCUCGAAUGAGCGGCAGGACAAGUUCUUUCGGUUUCUUGACCCGCGGCGGCGCUCUAGCGUCAAAACAUUCGCCAGCGACUUCCCGCUGACCGCCAUCAAGCUGAAGCCAUUCCAGCAGACCCAUGAACCCGAGCUCGACCUGGAGCCCCCAGACAUAUGCGUGGAUCCCGCCGCAUCGCCACGGAGACCCAUCUUUGCACAUGUAAAUCAGGAACAUGAGCGAUUCGUCAGCUCACCAUAUCCCACGAGCCCCUCCAGCUCCUCGUUCAAGUAUUGA